GAUCCAGAGAUAACAAAAAGGUGUUUUUUAGUGCAAUAGCUAAGAGAUUUGGAGAUUUUAAAGCUAAACUAGUAUUUGGAUGGAUAAAUUUCACAGAAAAAAGUCAAAACAAGAGGAAGGUCGUGAGCCAUACCAAUUGUACAGACACAUAAAAGAAGAAGAUUGGAAACUAUCUAAAAAAACCAAAAACAUCCGAUGAAGCAAAGGUAAUUUCAUUCUUUAAUUCGCAAUUUAAUUGAUAAUGUUUUGAAAUUAACCAAAAUAAAUGUCAUAUGAUUAGGAAAAGCGAGAAAAGCCUUAGAAGAGUGCAAGUAUGAAUAAUCAUCACCAUGGUAUGGGGCAAAGAAACUAUGAGGAAAGCAGAAAGAUUUGGAUUGAGGAGGGUUUUUACCCGUCUCGCAAAACCACAUCAUCAAAAUCAUGCAAGUUCAAAACCAAAGAAAUUACCAUUGAAAUAAAUCGCGGUGAUGAUUGGUAUUGUGUAAUGCAUAGGAAGGACAAGGCGACUGGAAAAAGAUACAUCCCGAAUUCCAAAACUGAGGAAGUUGUUGAAGCAUAUCUUGACUAUAGAGAGAAGCAAAAGAGAGGCGAAUUUACUCCACACCAAAACAAGGAUGCAUUAUUCAUGGCUUUUGGGCAGAAGCCAAAUCAUUUAGGUCGUGCAAGAGGUUUUGGAGGUGUUAAUGUCGGCAUCAAAAAGGCAUAUGGCAAAGAAGCAAGAAGGACCAAGUGUAGCCAAACUGGAACUUCAACUGAAGAACGAGAAGCUCUGAAAAAUAAACUUCGUUAAAAGUUGAAAGAGGAGUUUGAUGCAACCAUGAGGGACAAAAUGUUUUCAUUCUUGCUAGAUAUGGGUUUCAAGUUGCCUAAUGAUGCUACCUGUAAACCAGGGCAAGAUACUUGUACUCGUGUUUCUUCUACUUCGCCAUCAAACCAGAACGACCAUCUGCCAC